GGAAUGUUCAAUGAUGUUAUAACGACACUGUCCGUUAGCUUUUGAUACUCUUCCUAUUGCUAUCCUACUCUCAGCAAGUGUAAACCGAACCGAGUAAUUUGUAAGGAGAAUCUUUUUAGAAAUGUAGUUUGAUUUUGUUUUGUAUAUAUCUUUUUACUUUUACUUUGUUUGGAGUUGUAAAUUUUGUUGUGCUUUAAAGUCAUGUCGGGUCAAGGUCUUGUUUUAGUAACCGGUGUAACUGGAUUUAUCGGAGCUCAUGUUGCUGUAUCAUUAGUUCAGAGUGGCUACGCUGUACGGGGUACAGUUCGUUCUAUGGAAAAAGCUGAAGAUUUAGUACGCUUGAACCCUGAACUUAAAGACAAGGUUGAAUUCGUUGUUGUGAAGGACAUUGUCGCACCUAAUGCGUUCGAUAAUGCCGUCAAAAAUUGUGAUUAUAUUUGCCAUGUUGCUUCUCCCUUCUUCUACGAAAAUCUGACUGAUAAUAAAGCCCAGCUUUUGGACCCUGCUUAUAAGGGUACAAUGAAUAUUUUGGAGGCUUCUUGCAACGAACCAAAAGUGAAACGAGUGGUCAUUACUUCUUCUACUGUUACAAUUUGUGACUUCAACAAAGAACCAUAUACUGGCUAUAGAUAUACUGAAAAAGACUGGAACCCCAUUACUUAUGAGGAUGCUUUAACAACUAAAAAUGGAUUCUCUGCUUAUUGUGCGUCGAAAAAGUUUGCCGAAAUAAGCGCUCGUAACUUCGUCAAGGAAAAGCAACCUCAUUUUGAUAUGUGCACCGUGAACCCAGCUUUAGUGGUCGGUCCCCCCAUCCACCCAAUGAACAACAUGGAAUCUUUGAAUACUUCUGACCGCGUUAUAUGGAGUCUCAUCAAUGGAUCACACUCACAACCUUCGGAACAAGCCAUACAGGUUGAUGUUCGUGACAUUGCUCGUGCUCAUGUCAUUGCACUCGACAAACCCGAGUUGAGUAAUGGUCGUAUGAUUGUUUCUGAGGGCCCUCUUUUCACAAAUGAUAUUUGCAAGAUUCUUCGUCAAAAGUUCCCUGAUAUGCACGAAGUCAUUUCUGAACCUACCGACGUUCCUUUUAACCACGAACACUACACUGUCGACAACUCUUAUUCCAAAUCCCUUGGGAUGCAAUAUCACAGCCCAGAAGAAACUUAUGUUGACACUGCCAUGAAGCUUUGGGAACGUGCUAAAGAAUUUGCACUUGCUACUAAAUCAUCUUAAAGGCAACGACAGUUCAUCAGUAAAUUUAAUGUAGAAAAUAUAUUUUUUCAUAAAAAUCAUUCGGCUCGCGUCAAUCAAAUUCCCUCAGUUUAUAGAUAAAGUCUUUAAAACAAAAAGGAAAUGACAGAAUCAUUUAACUUUG